AUAUAAGCCUUCUUGGCGCCGGCGCCAGCUGAGAAGAAGAAGGAGGAGAGGAGCUUGGAGCCCUGGCAAGCAUCUGGGAUUUUAAGAAUGUCCAGACGCAGCAGCCGCUUGCAAGCUAAACUACAUCAGCCUUGCCAGGAUACUUCUCCACAAGAACUGCAGGUGUCAGCGUCUCUUCAUAAUAGAAAAAGAAAAGCAAUGCAAGACCCCAAAAGAAAGGAAGAAAACAGCACAAGACAUCAGUAUGAAAUUAAGAGUUGUUGGCCAUCCACAAUAUCAGGUGGCAUCUCCCCAUGUAUAAUAAUAGAAACUCCCCACAAAGAAGAAACAACCACUGACUUCUCCAGUUUCAAAAAAUACAGGUUCAGAAACCUCUUCAUAAACCCAUCACCUUUACCAGAACUUAGUUGGGGAAGUUCAAAAGAUGUCUGGUUCAACAUCCUCAAAAAGGAAAGCAAAUAUUCACACUGUAAGCAUUUCACAUCUCUACACUCAAGCCUGCAACCACACAUGAGAUCAAUCCUACUUGACUGGCUACUGGAGGUAUGUGAAGUAUAUAUGCUCCACAGGGAAACUUUCUACUUGGCACAAGACUUUUUUGACAGAUUCAUGUUGACUCAAAAAAACAUAAACAAAACUAUGCUUCAGCUCAUAGGAAUUACAACACUGUUCAUUGCUGCCAAGCUUGAGGAGAUAUAUGCCCCCAAACUACAGGAAUUUGCCUAUGUUACUGAUGGUGCUUGCAGUGAAGAGGAUAUUAUAAGGAUGGAGCUCAUUGUACUGAAGGCUUUAAAGUGGGAGCUGUGCCCAGUAACAAUAGUCUCUUGGCUGAACCUUUAUCUCCAAGUGGAUGCUGUGAAAGAUGUACCAAAAGUCCUGCUACCUCAGUAUUCUCAGGAAAGGUUUAUUGAAAUAGCACAGCUCUUAGAUAUCUGCAUUCUAGAUGUCAAUUCUCUGGAUUUCCAAUAUAGAAUAUUAGUAGCAGCUGCACUCUGCUGUUAUACCUCAGUACUAGUAGUCAAGAAAGUUACAGGCUUGGAUUGGGAAAGUAUUGCAGAAUGUGUAGAGUGGAUGGAACCAUUUGUUCGGGUAGCAAAAAAAUACCCAGUGAAAUUGAAGAACUUUAAGAAGAUUGCAGCAGAAGACAGACAUAAUAUACAAACCCACACAAAUUAUUUAGAUAUGCUGGAUGAAGUUCAUUAUGAAAUAGAACUUACAGUACCAAACCAACUAUCACCCGUAUCUACAGGAGGUAUAAUUACACCCCCAAAGAGCUCUGAAAAGUGAAAUCUGCACAUCCAGAGAUACAUGCUAAGUUCAGAAACUGUUUAAGACUCCUGAAAAAUACGAAAAAUAAUUGGGAAAUGCAAACGUCCUGCACCUUCAGGCUGAACCAGCUCUUCUCCCAAAGAGGAACUGUUGAGCAGUGAGAUUCAUAACUAUGCAUAUUUUAUCCUCUUUAAUUUUCAGUUUGAUGAGGGAUGCUGUUAAGUCUCUUAGCAAUUUAGCUGUGUUAAGGUAAGCCACACCUUUCUAUACCAGCUGCGCAAAGCAUGUGACACUCUUGGAGGACAGAAGACACAUUGGUCUAUUCUGUGCGGGAAAAGCAGAGCUGUGCAAUCCAAAUGAACUACAAUCACUUAAGAGGUCCAGUCUCAAUAUCUUCCACAAGGCCCUGUUGUGAAAAUGUAAGGUUAAUGUCAACCUUCCUGCUUCCAGUACACAUACUAGUGUAGCUAUGGAAUGAAAUGAAAUGGUCACAACUACCUGAGAUGACAAGAUUCUUUACAUGGGCUAUAAUCCUACAGGGCAAGAACUGCUCAUAA